CGCAAUGUGUAAAUAAAUAAAAAUUCAAAGUAAUUUAUCCAAAACCCAGCAUAAAUAGCAGAAUAACAUAUUAAUCAAAAUGUCGUCACGCCGAUACGAGGAUUAUGAUCAAUUUUGUGAUCCAGAGAAUCCAAAGAAACUAAAUUUCGAAGACAUAGUUGAGGCGUCCGAAGCCAGCAGGCCGUUCAUACCUGUUACACCAUGUUACCUUUCACAGACACGAAAUGAUUUUGCAAUCAAUUUUUAUUACAAGCUCGAAACGGUUCAUAGAACAGGAAGUUUCAAGGAAAGGGGCGCACUGAAUGCUUUACAAAAAUUGCCUCGGGAUAAGAAAAAGAUCGGAGUUGUUUUGGCUUCGCUGGGUAACCAAGCGAUUGGACUGUGUCAUUGCGCGCGCUUACUGAGCAUACCUGUGGUGGUCGUGAUGCCAGUCAACGUACCACUCAUAAAGCUACAGCUGUGCAAAAAUUUAGGCGCCAAAGUGAUAGUAGAGGGCAGUGACUUACAGGAGGCACAAAAACAUGCGCGCUUUAUUGCACGAGAUAAGGGACUUUCAUAUAUUAAUGGUCGCGACCACCCCGAUGUACUGACUGGGUACGGCGGCGUGGCGCUGGAGAUUCUGGAGCAGGUGCCGAGCGUGGACGCCAUUCUCGUACCAGUGGGUACGGGCGGCCUCAUUGCCGCCAUAGCCACCGUCAUCAAACACGUUAAGCCCAGCUGCCUCGUUUAUGGUGUUCAGUCUGAAGUGAUGCCCACAUUCUUCGAGUCAAUGGAAAAAGGCCAGCCUGUGACCAAACCAAUGCAGAAUUCUCUGGCGGACGGCAUUGCGAUGCCUUACGUUGGUGUCAACGCCUUCUAUAACGCACUGCCCCUCGUUGAUAGAAUGAUAUUACUAAAAGAAGACUGGAUCGCACGCACUAUUUUAUAUAUUGUAGAAAAAGAACGUUUUGUGGUCGAAGGUGCCGCCGCUUGCUCUGUGGCCCCAAUUUUAAACAGCCUUGUGCCAGAACUGAAGACUAAAAAUGUGGUGUGUGUCUUGAGCGGUGGCAACAUUGACGCGACUUUGUUAAGCCGUUCUUUAGAUAGAGGACUUGCAGCUUCGGGCCGAAUGAUCAAAUUUAAGGUGGGAAUCAGAGCUGAUUCGGCUGCAAUGGCUGAACUCCUUAAACUGCUCUCAGACGGCGGUUACAAUAUACUACGUCAAUUUAUGGAUCACAUUUGGGUUGAGGAAGAAAUACACUAUGUUGAGACCAAAAUUGUGUGUCAAUCAAGGGAUCUACAACAUGCUAUACAGCUAAAAAGACUAAUUGAGGAAGCUUACCCAAAAACUGCUGUUUUUGAAACUGAACCACUCAAUGACAAACACAUGUGUCCAUGUUACAUAAAGAAAUAAAAAAUGUACUAUUAUUUAGUAACCAC